AUGUCGAAAAUCGAAAAGAUCCUUGGUCCAAAUUUGCUCAAAGAUAUGAAAUAUGAAACUUUUGCCGGAACAGCAUCUUAUACAAUUAGCACUAAGGUCACAAGAUUUAAAUACCCAAAUUCUCUAACCGAUUCACUUAAAAUUAGUAACAAAUUCAUUGUUUUUCAAAUAUAUAAGAGGAUUGGAGAAAAUGUCUGCAUAGUUCUUAAUAUGAAAAAUGAUAAUGAUGAUACAUUAAAGGUCCAAUUUGCAGGUCAAACUAAAAGCGUCAGAACAUCACAAUCUAUAACGUCAGAUAUAAUUGAUGUACCAGAUAAUACAUGGACAAAUGUCUGUUUCGAUCUAGAAUACAUCAUGUCAAAGUAUUUUGAUAAUAACGUAUUUAAAUCUUUAGUCAGCUUUGAAAUUAUACCUACUUGUCAUAUUAGAAAUGUAUUUUCGAUUCCAUUCCAGUUACUUCCUGAAAAUAAUGGCAAUGAUUUACCAGAUGCAGUAAAAUACAAUGGAUUAUCAUCUGUAACAAUCUUAGUUGGUGAGCGCCGUGAGCAAACAAGCCAGAAAGAGCGCACAUCUAGAAUACCCAUUAGGCGUAAAAUCCCAGCAACUCCUCAAUACAAUAGAGCACAACAUACUGUAGAAGAUACAAAGCCGGCAGCUUUCACAAAGAAAAUCGAGGAUGACUCUGAAGAGGAAGAAGAAACAGAAAGUUCGGAUGCUUUUGGUUCUUCACCUUCAAAACAGUUAUUCCAGACUCCAAACACACCAGAUAUUGAUGACAGCGAAGAAGAAAUGGAGCUUAUAUACCUUGAAGCACUUGGUUGCUAUUAUUGUCCAUCAAAUCAACAAUAUUACCAAGUUGAUGAAAGUAAGGUAUAA